CACCUCCGGACCGCCGCAGGUUCCUAUGGUUUCCCCUACACCAAUGGGCGUCGUGGGCGUAACUGUGGGAAAUGUAGUUCCGAGAGCGGAAGCUGGGACGCGCCUUCAGACCACGAUACCCAACAGGCGCCGCGCCUCUUGCGCGGCCUCACGUAGAGCCUGCGCGGGAGGUGGGGCUGCGGCAGGGAAGCGCUUCACCAACGGCUCCCGCGUCGGUUCGAACUCUGCAGCCGGGUUCCUCUGGUAUCUCCGCGUGUUGUGCUUGAUGGUUGCACCACUUGAGCUGGGGAGAGGGUCGCAGGCUUCCGAACGCAGGCGAAAGCGCGGCGGCCUCUGUCAUCGAGAAAUGGCAUCUAAUUCACCAGACUACUAUAAUAAAGACAAUGAAGAAGAAAGUUUGCUUGCAAAUGUUGCUUCCUUAAGACAUGAACUGAAGAUAACAGAAUGGAGUUUGCAGAGUGUAGGUGAAGAGUUAUCCAGUGUUAGUCCAAGUGAAAAUUCUGAUUAUGCCUCUAAUCCCUCAAGGUCUGAAAGGUUCAUUGUGGAAGAUCUUUCUCAGCCUAGCCAACUUGGACUUUUGAAUUACUCGCCUUAUAAAAAAGUUUGUAAACUGCCCAGUAACAGUACUGCUUUUCAAAAAAAGCCAAGAGAUAAGAUAUCUUUUUCAUCUACCCCUGUGGAUCAGGAGAUCAAAAGUCUUCGAGAGAAACUUAAUAAACUUAGGCAACAGAAUGCCUGUUUGGUUUCACAGAAUCAUUCUUUAAUGACUAAAAUAGAAUCUGUCCACUUUGAAUUAACACAGUCAAGAGCAAAAGUCUCUAUGCUUGAAUCUGCUCAACAACAGGCAGCCAAUGUGCCAAUCUUAGAAGAACAGAUUAUAAAUUUGGAAGCAGAGGUUUCAGCUCAAGAUAAAGUUUUGAGAGAGGCAGAAGAUAAAUUAGAGCAGAGCCAGAAAAUGGUGAUUGAAAAAGAACAGAGUUUGCAGAAGUCCCAAGAGGAAUGUAUAAAGUUGAAGGUGGAUUUACUUGAACAAAGUAAACAAGGAAAAAGAGCUGAACGACAAAGGAAUGAAGCACUAUGUAAUGCUGAAGAGCUGGGUAAAGCCUUCCAACAUUAUAAGGAAAAAGUGGCUGAAAAACUGGAAAAGGUUCAAGCUGAAGAAGAAAUACUAGAGAAAAAUCUAAUUAACUGUGAAAAAGAAAAUAAAAGACUACAGGAAAAGUGUGGUCUAUAUAAAAGUGAACUUGAAAUUCUGAAAGAGAAGUUAAGGCAGUUAAAAGAAGAAAAUAACAGUGGAAAAGAAAAAUUAAGGAUUAUGGCAGUGAAAAAUUCAGAAGUCAUGGCACAGCUGACUGAAUCUAGACAAAGUAUUUUGAAGCUAGAGAGUGAGUUAGAGGACAAAGACGAAAUACUUCGAGAAAAUUUUUCUGUAAUAAAUGAAAACCGAGAAUUAAAGGUCCGUAUUGCAACACAGAAUGAGCGACUGGAUUUGUGUCAGCAAGAAAUAGAAAGUUCAAGGGUAGAAUUGAGAAGUCUGGAAAAAGUUAUGUCCCAGUUGCCAUUAAAAAGAGAAAUGUUUGGUUUUAAAUCAUCUUUUUCUAAGUACCAGAGGAGUAGUUUGUCAAACAAGGAAGACAACUAUAUUGGCUGCUGUGAGGCAAAUAAAAUGAUGAUUUCGGAAUUAAGGAUUAAGCUUGCAAUAAAAGAGGCCGAAAUUCAAAAGCUCCAGGCAAACCUGACUGCGAAUCAGUUAUCUCACAGUCUUAUUGCUCAUAAUGACAACAAAGAAAGUGGCAAAUUAAAUAGUUUAGAAAAAGAACCUGUAAAACUAGGAGGUGGUCAAGUAGCAAGUACGAAAGAUCAAAAUCAACAUACUGUGAACAAGCAAUAUGAAAGAGAAAGGCAAAGACUUGCUUCUGGAAUAGAAGAACUACGUACUAAGUUGAUGCAAAUAGAAGCUGAGAAUUCUGACUUGAAGGUUAACAUGGCCCACAGAACUAGUCAAUUUCAGUUGAUUCAAGAGGAGCUGCUAGAGAAAGCUUCCAACUCUAGCAAACUGGAAAGUGAAAUGACGAAGAAAUGUUCUCAACUUUUAACUCUAGAGAAACAGUUGGAAGAAAAAAUAGUUGCUUAUUCCACUAUUGCUGCAAAAAAUGCAGAACUUGAACAGGAGCUUAUGGAAAAGAAUGAAAAGAUAAGAAGUCUAGAAACCAAUAUCAAUACAGAGCAUGAGAAAAUUUGUUUGGCUUUUGAAAAGGCGAAGAAAAUUCAUCUUGAACAGCAUAAAGAAAUGGAAAAGCAGAUUGAAAGACUUGAAUCUCAACUAGAGAAAAAAGACCAACAAUUUAAAGAGCAAGAAAACACUAUGUCUGUGUUACAGCAAGACAUAAUAUGCAAGCAACAUCAUCUUGAAUCACUAGACAGACUAUUGACAGAAAGCAAAAGGGAAAUGGAAAAGGAAAAUAUGAAGAAAGAUGAAGCUUUGAAAGCAUUACAGAACCAAGUAUCUGAAGAAACAAUCAAGGUCAGACAGUUGGAUUCAGCAUUGGAAAUUUGUAAGGAAGAGCUUGCCUUGCAUUUGAAUCAAUUGGAAGGAAAUAAAGAAAAGUUUGAAAAACAGCUAAAGAAGAAAUCUGAAGAGGUAUAUUGUUUACAGAAAGAGCUAAAGAUAAAAAGUCACAGUCUUCAAGAGACCACUGAGCAAAACGUUAUUCUACAGCAUACUCUUCAGCAACAGCAGCAAAUGUUACAACAAGAGACAAUUAGAAAUGGAGAGCUAGAAGAUACUCAAACUAAACUUGAAAAACAGGUAUCAAAACUGGAACAAGAGCUUCAAAAACAAAGGGAAAAUUCAGCUGAAAAAUUGAGAAAAAUGGAGGAGAAAUGUGAAGCAGCCGCACAUGAAGCAGAUUUGAAAAGGCAGAAAGUUAUUGAGCUUACUGGCACUGCCAGGCAAGUAAAACUUGAGAUGGAUCAAUACAAAGAAGAGCUGUCUAAAAUGGAAAAAGAAAUAAUGCACCUAAAACGAGAUGGAGAAAAUAAAGCAAUGCAUCUCUCUCAGUUAGACAUGAUCUUAGAACAGACAAGGACAGAACUAGAUAAGAAAACAAAUGCUGCGAAGGAGUUAGAAAAAUUACAGCACCACACUGAAACUGAACUAACAGAAGCCUUGCAGAAACAGGAAGUAGUAGACACUGAACUACAGAAUGCUCAUGGAGAAUUAAAAAGUACGUUAAGACAACUCCAGGAAUUGAGAGAUGUACUGCAGAAGGCUCAAUUAUCAUUAGAGGAAAAAUAUACUACUAUAAAGGAUCUCACAGCUGAACUUAGAGAAUGCAAGAUGGAGAUUGAAGACAAAAAGCAAGAACUUCUUGAAAUGGAUCAGGCACUUAAGGAGAGAAAUUGGGAGCUAAAGCAAAGAGCAGCUCAAGUUACACAUUUGGAUAUGACUAUUCGUGAGCACAGGGGAGAAAUGGAACAGAAAAUAAUUAAAUUAGAGGGUACUCUGGAGAAAUCAGAAUUAGAACUUAAAGAAUGCAACAAACAGGUAGAAAAUUUGAAUGAAAAAUUGCAAAAUGCCAAAGAACAGCUUCGAGAAAAAGAGUUUUUAACACUACAAAAUGAACAGGAGAUUAGUCAACUGAAAAAAGAAACUGAACGAACACAACAAAAGAUGAAAGAAAUGGAAAGUGUUAUGAAAGAGCAGGAACAGUAUAUUGCAACUCAGUAUAAGGAGGCCAUAGAUUUGGAGCAAGAAUUGAGGCUAACCCGAGAGCAGAUGCAGAACUGUCAUGCAGAACUGGUGGAGGCUCAUCGUCAACAAGUCCAAGCACAGAGAGAAAUAGAAAGGCUCUCAAGUGAACUGGAGGAAAUAAAGCAACUCUCUAAAGAGAAGGAUGCUCAUGGAAACCAUUUAGCUGAAGAAUUGGGGGCUUCUAAAGUACGUGAAGCUCAUUUAGAAGCAAGAAUGCAAGCAGAAAUCAAGAAACUGUCAGCAGAAGUGGAAUCUCUCAAAGAAGCUUAUCAUCUGGAGAUGGUUUCACAUCAAGAGAACCAUGAAAAGUGGACUAUUUCUGCCGACUCUCAAAAGACUUCUGUUCAGCAACUAAAUGAACAGUUGGAGAAGGCAAAACUAGAAUUAGAAGAAGCUCAGGACACUGUAAGCAGUUUGCACCAACAAGUCCAAGACAGAAAUGAAGUAAUUGAAGCUACAAAUGAAGCAUUACUUAUUAAAGAAUCAGAAUUAACAAGAUUACAAGCCAAAAUUUCUGGACACGAAAGGGCAGAAGACAUCAAGUUUCUACCAACCCCGUUUACAUCUUCAACAGAAAUUAUGCCUGACAUUCAAGAUCCAAAAUUUGCUAAACAUUCUCACACAGCUUUUUUCAAGUGUGGAAAACUGCGUCGCUCUAUUAGCGCCAGUGACCUUAGUUUCAAAACUCACAGUGAUGAAGAUCUUUCUGAAGACUUACUAAAGGGCUUAAAAAAAAUGCGAUUAGAACAACCUUCAACAUUGGAAGAAAGCCAGAAGAAUCUGACUUAUACCCCGUCAGACUCAUUUAAACCUCUCACAUAUGACCUAGAAGAUGACAGUUCUGAAAAUAAUGACUUCAGUACUCUUAGUGGAAUGCUAAGAUACAUAAACAGAGAAGUGAGACUAUUAAAAAAGUCUUCUGUGCAAACAGGUGCUGGUUUAACUCAGGGAGAAAAUUUAUAACUAAAAGAAGAUGUUGCUGUGAUGGAAAACGGGAUUUUUGGUGCUGUGCUGUGUUUUCUUAUAUGUAGCUCAUACUUCAUAGAAGCUGUUAUUUUAUUGCUUUUGAAUAAAUAUUAUAUUUUAAUAUUCUUAAAGAACGUUCUUUCCUCUAAAGUUUACUUAUAUUUUUGUGAAAAUUCCUUUUAUUCAUUAUUUUUGGUUUAAACUUGCUGCUUUCCUUAUCUUUGUUUUUUAUAUAAAAAUUAUUGUUAAAAUGCA